CGUGUGGGCUGGGGUUUGAGUGUGAGUGCGUGCGAGUUGCGCGGCUGCGGCCGGGGGAGUGGUCGGGCCUGCCGGGUCGGAGCUACCCGCUGGCCGCCGUCGGCUGAGCCUGGGGACGGGUUGGAGCUUGUCUGCUUUUGCCGCCUUUCGCAAGGCCAAGGCUUCAUCUGCUUUCAUCUGUAACCCCAGCCAGGAAUUUUUCCUGCUACCUGCACCUUUCAGCAUUUGUGAGAGCUGCAAGGAUGGUGAAUGUUCUGAAGGGUGUUCUGAUUGAAUGUGACCCAGCAAUGAAGCAGUUUCUGCUCUACUUGGAUGAGUCAAAUGCUUUGGGAAAGAAGUUCAUCAUACAAGACCUGGAUGAAACUCAUGUCUUUGUAUUAGCCGAGUUGGUUAACUUCCUUCAAGAGAGAGUGGGCGAGUUAAUGGAUCAGAACUCUUUUCCUAUUACUCAGAAGUAAAAAGAUGAGAAGUGAGAUUGCUGCCAAUUUUUAAAUAGUGAAUUUCAAUAGGUUGAGUUGUUACUGUUUUAAUAGGCUGUGGUUAGUAAGUUCCACACUAUAGUGGCUACUCUAGAAAAUGGAUAAUUUUCAUAGACAAAAUACUCUUGAACUGAAUUUUAUUUCUCACUUUGAAAGAUUAUGGUAUCUUUAUUAAAAUCAAUAAAAUGAUAUGCUUAAGGACAUGCAAA